AGCUUCCGGAAAAACGAUCCGGCGCGUUUAGCUUUUACCGUCGACCAUAUCCUAGUCCUCCGUUUUGUCCUGUAAAGUGUUUGUUUGAGACCGUUCGACCAAGCGGAACCUCUGUAUCCGGAUGAAACCGACUGAUUGAACUGUUUUCUGUUCGCAUUCUGUGUCUGUUUUACUCCCGAUCUUCCUGUUACUAGCUCAGUGGCGCUAAAGUUAGCUUAGCUCGCUAGCCGCUAAGAGACUUUCCAGUGUGUGAUGGAAAGAAACUGUUUCUGACGGAUUUGUGUGAAGAAAAAGUGAGAAAUGUCCCAGAAAGUGCAGGUUUUGAGAUCACUGGUGGAGCAGAGACUAACUGCGGCCACUGAAGAGAUAUUUGGGCUGUUUGAAAGAGCCAUAGCAGAGCAUGAGGAGGAAUUUUGUCGAACCAAAGAAGAAAACCGGCGACUGAGACAAAUGCUGGACGAAGUUUUGAACCCAAAUGUACCCAAAACAGUGAGUCCUUCAGACAUCCAGGUCGUGAAGGUGGUGAAAGAAGAGAGGCAGGAGUGGAGCCCCAGUCUAGUCCAGGAGUGUCCUCAAGUUCCCCGUAUUAAAGAGGAAGAAAGGGAAGUGUUGAUCAUACAGAAGCAGCCUCAAGUGCUGGAGAGGGCUGAUACCACCCAGAUCACAAUUGGUGAAGACGGUAGAGCAACGACUCAGGUCUCACAGUUUCAUCAAGGACAAACUGUGGAGAACACAAUGGAAAUCUCUGAAGAGGACUGUGGGGGAUCAGAUCCAGAUCCAGAUUUCCCAUCAGAUACUGAAAACACCGACAACUCCUCUGACUCAGAGGACAGCAACAAGGCUCAGAAGCAGAAGAGGAGACAUCAGUCGUAUCUCCACCCAAAGACGGCGCCUCCAAGUGCCAGGGUAUAUGAACAUAGGAAAACUGAACCAAACGGAGAGGACUAUGGGAGUCCAAAACCAGGCAGCAGCAUAAAGCGAGAGAUUCAAACAGAUUCAGAUAAGACCGAAAAUUCUUCUGACUCUGAGGGCAAUGAUGAUCAGAAACGGGGAAAGUCUCACAGCAAACAUCAUCAGUGCUCGGAGUGUAAUAAAGUGUUUUCCACGGGGCAGGUUGUGAAGAAGCACAAGAAAUCCGCGGUCAGAAGAGCUCACCAUUCAGGAUCAAAGCGAGAUGUUCACAAGAAGUCUCAGACAGAAAAAAAAUGGUACAGCUGUCCAGUCUGUCGGAAAAUCUUCUUACGUGAAUUUGAUGUUCAGAGACAUAUGAUGGUCCAUACACAGGAGAAACAUUCUGCUGAACAAAGACACAAUCAGGAACCCAAAUAAAUCUAAAACCAGUGAUGCUGAUGACCAGAGUGAUGAGAAGUGACCACGGUAUGUCCGAGUUCAAAUCUGAAAGGAACAGUUUCCACAACAGGGAAAAUCAUUCUGGAGUUUGUGAAAUUCUUGGCCAAUGUGUUGACUGAUAGGGAUGCUUAUCUUGUUUGUGUUAUCAUCAUCAGAGAGACAACAAAAUCUCUGCGGAAAAAAAUAAGUAAUUGUACAACGUUAAAGCCUGUCAGGUACUCGACACAAUAUCUGGUUGAACACAAAUACAAUCAUACAAUUUUGUCCAAUAGCCCAGACAAACAUUGACCACUGUACCUGUCGACCAGUACUGAUGUUUAGCUGACGUAUCUGCAUCCAUAGUUUGUGGCAAGAAGUCAGAUGAGCUUCAAAGUUUGUAAAGAUGUGAAAUGUUCUGUUUGUGUUCACUUGCAUUUAAUUCUCUUUAUGGUAAAAUGGGCUGCUUGUCAUGUGUUCUGUUUAACUAACAUUUGCAUCAUAUUUUUUAUUUCAUUUAUCCUUGCAAGGGGGAUCUUUCUUUGUGGAGUUCGCAUGUUCUCCUCGUGUCUAUGUGGGUUCUCUCCGGCUUCCCCCUACCAUGCGAAGACAUGCACCCUAAUAGGUUAAUUGGUCAAUCUAAAUUCUUCCAUAGACGUGAAUAUGAGAGAGAAUGGUUGUUCGUUUGUCUAAUGGUUGUUCUGCCCUGUGAUGAACUGGCAACACAUCCAGGGUGACCCCCAUGUUCAUCCAUUGGUCGCCAGGAUAGAGUCCAACACCCCCUGCACCCCUCUAGAGGAUUAAGCAGUUUGGAAAACGGAUGAAUGAAUGAUUUAUUUAACCUUUGUUUAGACAGGUUGUCCCAUUGAGACGUGCAGUCUUCAUUUAGAGAGACCUGUUUUGGACAGACAUAAAACAUUUACUUGCAACAUUACUUUACAUAUAAUAUAUAAAUUAGAGCAGGUUAAAUAUUAAAAGCAGAUACAAUCCAGAUAUGCUUUCUCCAAUUUCCUCAGAAUAUUUCUAAAUUCCCCUAAUGCGAUAAAGAUGGACAGCUUUCGAUCCUGCUGUUACUUAUUCCAGACCAAGGAAUGGAUUUGUAAAUAGUUAUAGUUGAAAUCUUCAAAUAUAUAGUGAUGACUAGUUGACUAGUGAGUAUAAAAUGCAAUGGUGAAUGUUAAAAACAAAAAAUGUUCAAACCAUUUCUAAGCAUUGUCAUCUUUGUUGUUUGGUUUUUUAAACUUUUUUUUUGUUUUGUUUUUUUUUUUUUACACCCCAGACUCAGACUUUUAGAUGAAGUGUAAUAUGACAACAUGAAAGACACAAGAUGAAAAGUACAUAAUAGAGCAAAAUCUGAAUGACACAACAAAGACAAACAAUUUAAAAGGAUGAAAACGACUUACUAGAUGUAACAAGGCAAAUCUAAUGUAAAAGAUGCAAAAUGAUAAUGAAGAUGAAUUUAAAAAAUGGCUUUGAGGUGGAAAUGCAGUUAGCCUGUCCCACAUUCAGCGUGUAGUUCAGACUCCUCAGGGCUCAAAGGUGGUGUACAUUUGUUGAUGCGCUUAUGUUGUUAGUUUGAUUAUUAAUGGUUUUGCUCUGUUUUUUGGGUUUUUUAUUGAUCACUUGAAAUGUUACCCACUGUUUUUGUAAUGAUGGUAUCAUUCAUUUUAUUGAUGAUUCCCUCAUUCUGAAAUCUGUCUGGUUACUCUUUUUGUAUUUGUCAAGAAAUGUUUGUUUUGUAUGUUUUAGAUAUGUUUCAGUAAAAUUGAAAUUUGGCGAAAUAUCAUUAAACAUGACGUUAUCUUCGCUGUUUGUAAAGGAUGAAGCUGAUGAUUCUGUCCAUUAUGCUCUUGUCUCUUUAAGAUCAGUCAGGUUUGAAGGAUAGGAAGUGUUGGGCUGUGGUGUCUCUGCUUUAGUCCAAUCGAUGCAUGUCAGUCUGAGCUCAUUUCCUCUUUGAAAGCUGGCAUCGGCAUUUUCACAAGAGCUGUAAGUUCAGUCAGAUGCACCAACAGUCAAUGCAUGAUAAACUGUUCAUGCUGUUCUGUAUGUUGCAAACAAAUGUUUAGUAAACAAUACUCGGUUAACACAGGCUUGCAUGGUCACAAAAAACGGCUCCAUUUACAAAAUUAGCCAUUUUGGGAUCAGAAUAGGUCACCUAACACCAGCGCUCUCAGCCAGUGGGCCAUAAAGUGUAUUUAAAUAAAGAAACGCAAUAUGAUGUCAGACUUUGAUUUUGUUAAGUUGUACAGUAUAUGAUGGACUGAGACAUUUACAGGGCUUACGUAGCACAAAUAUGGCCUGAGUCUUCUGUAAAUCUGCACAUACCCUUCUGUUAAAUAUGGAUUUACAAACACUCCUUUAGAAGGACUGGAUGCAAGUGUGUGACAUGUUAGAACCAAAAUAUCAAAACUGAACAGUCAUUUAGAACUGAAAGAUACUGAUUUUCCUUAAGUGUGCCAAUUUAGCUGCAGUUGCCAUGUCCAUGCUUUGUAGUUAUAGUCUUGUGUAUAUUUUGUAAAAAAAAAAAAAAACAAAACUAAAUGGUGGCUUGAACAUGUGAAUAAAUGAGAUCUUUGCA